UUUUCACUAUGAAUCAUCAGCUGUCGUCAGUUUUCUAGAAAAACAAAACGUAGUUGUAUGAAAUUUUUGCAAAUUUUUGUGGACUCAAAACAGUUGGAAAAUUAAAGAGACAUGUCGGUUAAUACGGCUCACGCCAACAAUGGCGUGCUCAUCCAUGCUGGAGAGUACAUACUGCUCCACAGCGACAGUGUCUCCAUGGAGUUCUCCGGUCAGGACAAUCCCAUCUUCAAGGGCUCCAAAGGUGGCAGGAUUUAUCUCACCUCCCACCGAAUGAUCUUCAAUAGCAAGAAGUCCUCGGAUUCGAUGCAGUCGUUCAGUGCCCCGUUUGUUGCUCUUUCGGAUGUGGAAAUCGAACAGCCCGUUUUCGGGGCCAACUACAUCAAGGGAAAGGUUCGCGCUCAGCCAAAUGGAAACUACGUGGGCGAGGUCAAGUUCAAGCUCCAUUUCAAGGCAGGCGGCGCAAUUGAAUAUGGUCAAGCUCUACUGCGCUCCGCCAAGACGGCGAUGAACAACUACCACCGCGGUGGUCUGGCUGGUGAUGAUCCGCCACCAUAUCAGCCGGCUGGAUCCUGGAAUGAGGCACCACCGCCGGCAUAUCAGCCACCACCUGGCUACUAUGGCUGGCUGCCGCAGCAUGACGCAUUCAGCGGCCCUGCGCCGAAUACGGUCUAUAUGAGCGACAAUCCGCCGCCGUAUCCGGGUAUCGCACCACCUGCUCACCAACCAGCACCGCAACAGCCGCAGGCACCGUCGUCGAAUGAACCCAAUUGGUAUGGUUUUUCAGCGCCGCCGCCGCAGCAGCAACAACAGCAGCCGGGCUAUGGGCCACAAGGAUGGGCCGGUGGCUAUGUCCAACCUCCGCCGUACGCUUCAUGUGCCCCAAAUUGUCCACCACAGCCGCCGUACGCCGCUCCGGCUCAGACGUACAAUGGUCCACAGCCAUAUGGUGGAUACGGCAAUGUUCCUGGCGGAUUUAAUACCCCCGGAUUUCAGCAACCGAAUGGAAAUCCAAAUGGCUAUCCAGGUGGACCACCGCCACCCGGACAACAAGCAGCAGGAGCAGCUGGAGGAGCCGCCGCAUCUGGAGCCAGCUUUAUGGGCUUCAGCUUGCCCCCUGGAAUGUAAUUAAAAGCAAACUACUGUACCUCAAAUAGCCAUCCCGACAAUAGCCAGAUUCGGCAGCACCCAUCAUUAUUUCUAUCCAAUUCAAAGACCCAUGUGUGUUGUGCUGGUUCCAGCUUUGAUACCGUAAACAUAAAUUGUAAGAGAUUCCAAAGAAGCCGAAGCUGCAGCAAGUGCUUACAACACACCCUACAACCAAGGCGGGCCCAGUGGAUCAGGCAACAAUGAUUUACCACCUUCUUAUAAUAACUUGCCACCCAGUUAUGAUGAUGCAUCGAAAAAAAAUCACUAAAAGAAGCUGCAUACUAUAUUCCCUUACGAAGAAAUGCUAAAUAACUAAGUAAUUACUGCUCAUUCCGUUGAUGAAACUCUACACGAAAUUAUUGUUGUUUUCGGGCAUUACAAAUGUGCUUGGUUGGAAUAUUUGCUUGGAAUUGUUGCUAAUUAAAUUCUUUCAUAAGCAGCAUAUUCUUCAUAUGCUUUGAUUUCUGGUCACAAAAUUAGAAUUUUGCUCUUUCGGCUUGAUAAAUUGUAUUAUUUUAUAUAUGAACAUAACAUUAACCAACUUGUUGUUAUAUGAGAAAAACAGUACUAUUUUAUCCGUUAUAAUAUAUAAACAAUUUAUUAUAUAAAAGU